CUUUGACUGUUCUGCCGGGAAGCGAUGCAAUCUCGAAUAACCCCAUCCAACCUUCAGUCUUUCAAUAACGACUUGGUAAAGAAUCUUGAGCAUUUGCGAGAUCAACGAGAAGCAAUAGAAGUUGAAAUAAACAAAGAAGAAUGUCGCAAGGAUGAUCUUCAGCAGCAAAUCCAUGAGCUUACCGAUCAGUUGGAGCGAGUGAAACAGUCCUUAACUAAAAAAUAUACUGUACGAAAUGAAUAUGAUCGGCUGAUACAGGAUACAGAGACCGCAUAUCAGAAGAUCGUGGAGUCAUCCCAAACGCUCCUGGAGCUCUUACAACGGGAAAGUCAGGCCAUUGCAUCACAUAGUGGACGCGGGAUCUGUCCCAGUACGGACUUUGGAUCUCAUGUCUAAAGACCCAGCGAAGGUCAAGUGAACGCUCCCCAGAGAAAGCUCAUCGAGACUGCUUUUCAAAUCUUCCUUAUCAUUCUUCCGCAAACCUUGAUUGGAUGUACAUUACUUAACUAUUUUAAUCGUCAGUAAAUAUCUUGCUCCUGGAUGAAAAAGAUCUCGCUACUAUUCAUCUGCGUAAUCCAGAA